CAGAAAUUCCUGGGUGGAGAGGUGCCAAUGGAAACGAUCGCCGAUAUUCUUUCCCUUGGUUCUUCCGAAAUGCAAGACUAUCUGCUCAAUUUCGGAGCCGACCAAACAGAUGCUUACACUUUCGUGCAGAAUUUGGCGCACAAACGCUUCGAAAGUCAACUGAUGGAGGUACCUUACGAACGUUUUUGUUUUUUGUCGUCGAAGAGGCACAUCUGCAAAACAAGUAAAGUUUUUCAAUCCAGAAGAAAAAUUCUCUGCGAGAUUCUGUUUCUGAUUCUGAACCUGAUCGUAUUAUUCUUGAUCUUCCACCCUCAAAGAAUUUCAGGAGCAUGCGCUGAAAGUGCAUCAGAAGCAUAAAGACGACAAUUUCCCAAAGCUGAAGGGAAUGACAGCGAGGCAAAAGCAUGAUUAUAAUCUGAAGCAGGAAAAAGAGCGCGCCGCACAAAACCGACAAGAAGCCGCUGGAAAAAGCUUCUUCUGCAACUCCCAAGCAGCAGCAAUUGCGACUGGAGGACCAGGUAGGGUCCUUUAUCUCUUUGAUGAACAUGAUUUUUGUCUGUGUCGUACGUGUCAUUUUUUCUAGCAUAGGAGCUGCCGCCACUCGAAAGAUGACUUGAGCAGGCGCUGCAAUCGUACGGUAGCCGGGGUUCGUCGAUCCCACAGCUUCGACCGAGACCCUGGAAGAGUAGUUUUCAGUCUGAGAGUGGCAGCCUCCUUUACAUUUACUGUCCUCGUAAACUUCUACCGCCGUGCUUAUUUUAUUUCCCAGACGGGAUCCAACUCCAAGUAAGUAUGUUUCGCACUCCAGAUUCAUCUUUGUUCACUUCAGCAUCGGACAGUGGCAAACAGGGUAAGAUCGUCGAGCGGCGCAUUUGCUUGUGUCAGGGUGUGCAACACGGUGCGCUCUCGAACUGUUUGCAUUGUGGCAAGAUCAAUUGCAAGGAAGAAGGCUAUGGUCCCUGUCUCUUUUGCGGUAAUCCAUUGGAUUUCGAAAGUCCUGGCGCACGCUUGAUCGCCAUGGCGCAAACGCGUACAGAUGAAGAG